AUGGAGAGGAUAAAACAUGAGCAACUCACUAAUGAAAAUAAGCGAAACUCUAUCCUCCUCGAAGAAACUGAAGGUCUCUUGAAGGAGGUCGAGCAAUUGAAGAUUCUUUAUGGUGUUGACAUUGCCAUCAUCGGUCAUGAGGAAGGUGGCGAAAGCAAUACCAUUCUUUGGCCAUCACCGGAAGGGGUGGCGGAGCAGGUGAACAAAUUUAUGGAGUUACCGAUAGACGAAAAAACUAAGAGAAUGGUGACUCACGAGAGUUAUAUAGAGCAAAUUAUAAAGAGUGAAAAGGAGAACAUUGAUAAGUUGAUGAGGGCUAUGGCGGUGAAGGAGGGCCAUCAGCUUCUAGCCAAAAAGGAGGUGGAAGACAUGGACGUGACUGAGCUGAAAAAUUUGAAGGUCAUGGUAGCUGAGAUGAUUAAGAAACUGAAGAAAAGAGCUGAAGAACUCGACCUGGUGACGGCACCGAAGGCCAACAUUGGGGCUGGAUCAGUGGAGGGUGGAGGAGACCUUUUUCAGGACCAUGACUUUUUCGAACAUUGGGGCACCUCCUUUUGGAGCAGCGACAGCUACAUCCGAUGA